AGAGUGUAGCAUUCCAUCCAUGAUGGCGGCCAAAUAGUGAAGUUCGGACAGACGCACUUCAAUUCUCUACACAUUUUCAGCUAUUCUUUGCCUCUAAGAAGACACCAAAGAACAAAAUCACAAGAUGGGGAAGUCCUUCGCUAAUUUCAUGUGCAAGAAAGACUUCCACCCGGCCUCAAAGGCGAACAUCAAACGGGUGUGGAUGGCCCAGCAGAAAGUCGAACAUGAGAAGUUGAAGCAAGAUGAGCUGGCUUCUCAGUACCACAAGGAACAGGAGAUGUUUGAACACAGGGGUCUGUUGGCUGAAGAUAAGCAGAAACAUGAGCUGAGCUUCAUGUACGUCGCACCGUCUGGCGCAGAGAAAGGUGACAAUUUCAUCUCCUACUUCAUUCUCAUAAAGAACCUGUACGCCAAGAAUGACCCCAACAUCAGAGAUCAGCCAUUUGGCAUCCCGGUGAGGAAUGUACGGUGCAUCAAGUGUCACAAAUGGGGGCAUGUCAACACAGACAGGGAGUGCCCGUUGUUCAACAUGUCUGGACUGGCACACUCCAAGUCAGACGACCCAGACCAACCGACCGUGUCGACCUCUGACCUGUUAGUUGGGAUGCGCAGCGAGGGUCUGAUGCUGAAGGACUCUGUCUGGGGCAGGAAGAACGACCCCAAGGCUGCCAAUCAGCAAAUGGUAGUCAGUGAUGAGGAGGAGGAUCCUGAGGUGGAGUUUCUCAAGUCUCUCACCACCAAGCAGAAGAAGAAGCUACUCAAGAAACUAGACAAGCUUGAGAAAAAAGAGAAACGCCAGAAAGCGGGGAAGAAGCAGAAGAAAAAGGACAAGAAAAAACACAAGAGACGUAAGGACUCCUCAUCUUCAGACACCAGCUCUGAGUCAGACAGCGAGGAGGAACAAAAGAGAAAGAAACACAAGAAGACAAAGAGGAAGCACAAGAAGAGAAAGGAAGAUAGCUCGAGCAGUGACAGUAGUAGUAGUGGGAGCAGUUCAGAUAGUGACUCGGAGGAGGAUAGUGCAAAGAAACAUAGGCAUAAGCGGAAGAAGUCACGGGAUGACUCCCAGGUCAAAAAGAGGAGGGUAGACAAUCUUGAAAGGGAGGGUUUGGCCGGAAGGCCAGUAAAAAUUGAGAAACAUGAUGAUGACAGCUAUGCAAGGAGUAGAUACAGCGAGAGUAAAGGCAACCCAGAUAGUAGCAGAAAGUGGGACUCGUAUGAGAAAGGUAAUGAAGACAGAAAUGACCAUGGGGAUAAACACAAUGCAGACAGAGCUUACUAUGGCAGACAGGGCAGCGAUGUGUAUGACAGGGAUGGAGAUGACAAACACAGCUAUGGCAGGAGGGAUAGGGAGGAUAGAAAAGACGGUAAGGGAAGGUAUGAGAGGGAAACCAAAGACAGGCGUGACAAGUAUGAAAGGGAUGGGGUUGACCACCGACAGAACAGCAAGGGAGGGCACGGCAUUAGAGAUGAACAGCACAGAGACAGCAGGGAUAGGGAUGACAGAAAAGACAGUAAGGGAAGGCAUGAGAGGGAAGACAGAGAUAAAUAUGACAGGCGUGAAAAGGGAAGUAGGGAUGGACAGCACAGUAAGGACAGAGACAGCAGGGGUGGAAGGGACAGCAAGGAAAGACAAGACAGUAGUAACAGAGGUGACUAUCACAGAAGGGAGAGGAAUGACAACUGGGGGUCCAGUGACAAGGACAGAUUAUAUGAUAGUCAUGACAACCACAAGGAUAGGUCAAAUGACAAGCAUCGGUCACAUGGCCAUGACAGCAGAAGGGAUAGGCGAUGACUGCACAUCUGUCAGGUGCAUAUUUGUAGUAACAAGGACACCUAGCAGGAUAGAGAUGCACUACAGGGUAACAUUUGAAGGGAUAUCACUGGCCCAAACAUGUUACGUUACAUGUAAAAUUUGGCCUGGGAAGCUUUUGUGUAACUCUAAGUGUUCUUUGGUUUGAGGGUAAUAUUACUGGCAUGAUUAUCAUGCUCAUUGUCCAUUGAUUAUUGGUUCUUAUAGCAUCUUACCAUGAUUUUCUGAAGCUAGCAGCACUGUAGAAUUUUCUGAACUCUGUACAAUGUUGCUGUGUUCUGUGGUCUGGCUGGAAUGAUGUUGGGUCCUUUCCUCCUAAAUACUUUUCCUAUCCAGGGGUGUGCCUCCCUGGAGUUGACCACUCCACGUCACCUCCUCUCUUCAUUAUACAUUACAUUUUUUCUCACUUCUUUAGCCUUUGGCUGUUCUUGGAAAGCUUGGUUACUGAUCACUGCUUGCUAUAUCACUCCUACACUACAGACGUUUUGCUGGGACUCAAGACAUUUAACAUUGCUUAGUAACUGUUGGUUAGAGAUUGUAAGCUAACACAUACAUGUAUCAUAGUCCAUUGAUUAUUUGUACAUAUACAUGUACAUGUAGUACCAAUAAUUCUGUAGGUACAUGUAUAUCUCCUUUGGCAAACCAGAGACCACGUGAUAAUCGUAUUUUCAAGCUGUACAUAAAGAUUGUUUUUAAGAUUUCGCUUACCUUUUUGUGUGUGUGUAAUGUUUUACCAAUUUUUUUUCUGAGUGUUAGUGACAUAGCACCUUCUCUCUCAUGGUAACGUUUUUCUUAAAUGUCCAGAAGUAGACAUACACAAAAUAGACAGUAGGCUCAUUAUAUUGUUUCAGCUGAAAUAAAUUCAAUUGAAAUUGA